GAGGGUAGUUAGGUUGGUACCGCGUAUUUCCGCGUCGCUGUGCUGCUAAUGAGAAGUGGGCUGUUUAGCAUUAGAGCGUCAGUACGGAGAAAGUCCGUCAGCUUGCUGCUAUAUUUGAGGAGUUCGGCAGGUUGCGAUGGCAAGGGAUUGGUAACCGAGGAGUUCUCGUAUCCUUAAAAACGACAUCAUCAGAGUACCUGCAGCAGAGCCCUACUUCCCAGAUGUACACGCUGUGAAGAUUUCUUCAUUAAAUGGCACAUUAGCCAGCUUCAACAAAGAUUACUUCAAGAAAUUCAUACUCCCUUUGUAAAAUGCCAACAAAAUACUCUGACUCCGGUUCAUCUACAAUGGAAAUUCAAAUGACGCCAAAACACAAAAUGACUUUUGGAAUUAAUGGAAACCAUGAAGGUCCAGGAGGUCAUACGCUGCCUAGGAGUGAUGCCUUUGAUCAUGAUGAUAACAGCUUUCAGUUUCUGUCGCAUGAAGAAAAAGAAUGUCUGAUGUUUUUUGAGACCACCAUAGAUUCUUUUGAUCAUGAUGACGAAGCUGAGAUUGUCCAGCUAUCUACUAGCUCUCUUGAUGAAGCUGAUACUGCUGGACUUCCUCACACACAGAGUAUUGAAGAGCAAGAAGACAUCAUAGACCUGGUGCAAAAAAACCAAAUCAAUUUGGAAAGUAAACCUUUUGUAAGCAAUUCUCCAUUUUCCAAAGAUGAUACUGGUUCCAGCUGGGUAGAAGAGAUCAACGCGAAACCACCUAUGACAAAGACCUUGUCUUCGUCUUCUUGCUCCCCUCUUCCUUCUCCACGUUCAGAAGAAGACGGUGAUGUCCAGAAGGUCCAGAGACAGAAUUCCUUUAGUAACUUCCAUCCUAUAGGUUCAGUCCCGACCCCUGUCAUUGUGGCCCAGAAGAUUGCCCGCACACAGUCUGUCAAUAGGGAGUCGCCUUCAAGCUCAAAGUUUGAUGAAAGAAAGAGGAGUUUAGAUAAUAAAUUUCUCUUCCUUUCUGGGAAACAUUCCGACAAUCCUGAUCAUAAAUUGCUGAAGUUACCUGGCAACAUUAAUCUCAAUGCAUGUCCAAAAAAAGUCAUUGACACCAUAGCAAGAGCUGCGGUAAAUGUGCCAGAACGCAGAGCCCAAGUACUUGCCAACCUUCAUGAUACAAUGUUUACUCCAUUAAAUGAGGAUGAGAGUCUAGAGAAUAUUCUAAGAAGAAAUAUAUCCUUCAAAGGUUCAACUCCUAACUUAAGUAGGCCAGAGGAUUGUCUCAUAGAGUCUGAACAUAUAUCCAAAGUUUCAUCUUCUCAAACAGAUAUAAGUACAAAUGAAACUGUGACUGAUGCAUAUCCACACAGAGAAACUGAACCCAAAGCAACAUCAGCCAAUCGUCUGUGGAAAUCUGUCUCCUUUAAGCCAGUUGGUAGCUCACCAGAAAAUGGGAAUGUGCGUUCUUUUGCAACCAAAAGUUUUCAUGAAAGAAAAGCAGACACACCAUCAUCAGAGGUAAGAAGAUCUUCUUCUAGACCAUCUGGUUUUCGUCCUUUGGGAAUUACAGUUCAGUUUUCUGGCCGAGACUCUGAAGAGUCCAGAAAAGAAGCUUUGAGGAAACUUGGACUUGUGAGGAGCUCUUCAUGACAUGCUUCAUGGUGACAUUUUGGAUUUUAACCAAUGAAUGGACCUGUUGCACAACUCUAAAUUUUCCCCGGAAGGCUAGAUGCUGUAGGUUUUCUCCUAGCGCAUUUCCUGAGAAAUGCCAUUGGUGUUCAAGCUGUUGUGAACUUUGUAGCAUGAAAUUUAGGGGUCUCCAAUAAGAAGAGCUAUGGCAAGAAUAUGUUUAUUUGAAGGCCUAUUCAUAUAAUUAUGUAUUUUGCACAACAAACAUCUUACAAUUAUGUAGUUCAUUAAUUAUUUAAUUUUUGGAAUUUACUGUUAACUUUAUACUGUAUCAGCCACUUUUUUGAAAAAAAUUGUUAUACAGUGGCAAUUACGGCUUUAUUUCUUUAUACUUUUUAUCACAUGCUGGGAUUAAAAAAAAAAAAAAAAAAUUUAAGGUGCAAUGACAAUAAGGUGCUUCCACCAAAGUAGAAAGACUGUGACAUUUAUAAACUCUGGGAAGACCCAAAUAUAUAUACUGUAUCGUCUAUGCCUAUAUACAUACAAGUGUAUUUGAAUCGCUGCUUUAGUGUUAUGUAGAAAAAAAUUCAAAUGCAAUUGAUCUUUGUCAUUAAUAGAUCUUAAGUUUUUCCUUGUACUAACUGGAUCUCAUUACAUGAUCUGACUUCAUCCUGUGAAGGUUAAAUCUGCCGAAACACACAAACUCUUUAGCUGAGUUUUGCUGCCAGCACAGUGUAAGGAUAAGCUCAAGCUUUAAUAAAAUAUAUAUCAUUUUAUCAUUGA